AUGUCGUUCAAUACCCUGCGAUGGGAAUCCAUCUCGUGUGACCCAAGAGAUACUGUGUUUAAUGAACAUCUCCCUCAAGGUGGUGGCGUGAGUCAUACCAUCAUGGAUGAACAUCGAUUUGCAGUGUUUGGAGGUCUCGGAUCAAGACGAUACAAUGAAUUAUUUAUUUUCAAUACUCGUGAGAAUGAAUGGUUUAAGGCGAGUAUGGAAAAUGCUCCUUCUCGGAGAUGUAAGGCUUCCUUGUGUUGUCGGAAAAUUGAAACAACAACAACAACUACCACAGAGUGUUCCUCCUCCUCCUCCUCCUCCUCAUCCACAGCCUCUUCAUCCCAUUCUCAUUCGCCCUCAUCCACAGCAUCAUCACGAAACACUUCCGCGACUUGUAGUGAAGAGAAUCAUGGCCAUGUUGUUGGAAAGGCAUGGAAUUAUAAAUUAUAUGUCUUUGGAGGUUGGACCAGUGAGGGUAAAACCAAUGAUCUCUAUGAAUAUGAUGUCGCGAAGGAUGAAUGGAAGCAACUCAAGCCCAACAAUUCAUUUUCACCUCCAGCACGAAGUGCACACUAUUGUUGUUGUGUUGGAAAAUACAUGUAUCUCUAUGGAGGCAUUGGAAACAAGAAAUAUGGUGACAUGUAUCGAUAUCAUUUCGACAAGAAUGAAUGGGAAUGUGUCAAUGCCAUGCAAGGAGAUGUUCCACUACCGAGAUCUUCGUACGGUGGAUUGUUGGUAUUGGAAGGAGGAGGAGGAGGAACAAAAUCGAACACUCAAUUUUUUGUGACUUGCGGAUUGGGCUGUGGUCGUUACAAUGAUACCUAUUUGUACGAAGUGCAAAGCAAAAGGUGGACAUGUGUAAAGUGUAGUGGUGACAUUCCAUCAAAGAGAGGUCGUCAUUCAUGUGUUUUGCAUGAGGAAACAGGGAAUGUUAUUUUGUAUGGUGGAUUCACUGGUACUGAAUGUUCUGGAGAAUGUUUUUCAUUCAAUCUGGUCACGAAAGAAUGGAAAAUGCUACAGCAGAUAAAUCCUCCUCCAAAGAGAGAAAGUGCAUGUUGUGUGAUUUUAAAUAACAAACUCUACAUGUUUGGUGGGUGGGGAGGUGACGCAAAAUUUUUCAAUGACAUGUAUGUCGCUUCGUUUGAAUGA